GAGGGAGCAGGGAGAACCCGGUCCAGACUGAGAGAGAGGGAGCAGGGAGAACCCGGUCCAGACUGACACAGAGGGAGCAGGGAGAACCCGGUCCAGACUGACACAGAGGGGAGUUGACUCCUUCAUAUCUGGACCUUCUGUCCGGCUGCUGGAGGCUGAACUGAGGUUCUGGACUGGAUUCACUCAGGCUGCUGGACUUCUGCUUCACAUCAUGAGUGGACCGACUAAUGUUCAGUACCAGUCGGGUCUGUAUGGAGGCAACAACAACAGCAGCUCUCCUCUCUCCAGUCGAGGAAACUCUCCCAUCGUGUGUGAGCGCUGUGGGGAGGUGUGUCGUGGGGAGGUGGUGCGCGUCAAAAACACACACUUCCAUGUUCACUGCUUCACCUGCCAAGUGUGCGGCUGUGAUCUGGUGCACUCGGGUUUCUUCCACCACUCUGGCGAGUACAUCUGCACAGAGGACUACCAGCGGCUCCACGGGACCCAGUGCGACAGCUGCGAUCAGUACAUAACCGGAGAGGUGGUGUCGGCCCUGGGGAGGACGUACCACCCGCACUGCUUCGUCUGCAGCAUCUGCAGGAGCCCGUUCCCGAUCGGAGACAGGGUGACCUUCUGUGGAAAGAAGUGUGUGUGUCAGCAGUGCUCACACUCUCUGAGCAGCGACAAGCCCGUCAAGGUCCACGGGCCGAGCUACUGCGCCGGCUGUGGCGAGGAGAUCAAACAGGGCCAGUCUCUGCUGGCGCUGGAGCGACAGUGGCACGUCAGCUGCUUCAAAUGUCGGACGUGUGGCUGCACGCUCACCGGAGAGUACAUCAGCAAGGACGGGAUCCCGUACUGUGAGGCGGACUACCACGCUCAGUUUGGGAUCAAGUGUGACAGCUGCAACAGGUACAUCAGCGGCCGAGUCCUGGAGGCUGGAGGGAAGCGCUACCACCCCAGCUGUGCCAGGUGUGCCCGCUGUCACAUGAUGUUCCUGGAAGGAGAGGAAAUGUACCUUACAGGUUCAGAGGUUUGGCACCCCAUGUGUAAAGAAGCAGCUCGACUGGAGAGAAAACUGAGGCUGAGACGAACCUCUGAGACGGCGUCCAUCUCCCCGCCGGGCUCCUCGCCACUCCUCGGCUCUCCUCACCGCCUCAUCUGUUCUAAAGCUGACGGUGAUUUGGACUAUAAGCAGCUGGCGGCGCUGCCCAGGGUCAAAGCCGUAUACGACAUCCAGCGGCCCGACAUCAUCCCUUAUCAGGCCGACCAGGCGAACACACACCUCUCAGACGACACCCUGGAGCGAUACAGCUGUGGACAGUCAUUGGGAUCGUUAUCACCAUACUCUCAUGAUCUCUUGGACGGCGUUGACUUGAGAACGAGGCGUUCCUCCAGCUCCGUCUUCACCGACUCUCCUGCUCACAGUCGCCACGGAGGCUCCCCACUGCAUUGUUAUCUCCCCGGCAGUGAGAGUGGCAGGAGUUCACCCUAUUACAGUCAGCCAGAGCCCAGGUGUGUCACUCCCACCCCGACCGCCACACUUCAAGCCCCGAGACAUUUCCAUGUGCCAGCCUCUGAGGAAACCAACAUCUACAGGAAACCUCCCAUCUAUAAGAGACCAGACAUUUCUGCCUCUCCGACACCCAUUAAGAGGAAGACCAACGAGAACCUGGUCAACUCCCGCCGCCUCUCCACCUCCAACUGUAACAGCAACCUUUAUCACCCAGACUCCAACUACUAUCCGUAUACCGGCUCUCCAAAAGUCUCCAGGACGAGGAGGUUUUCAUCCGGAGGAGAGGAGGACGGAUGGAAUCAGAACAUAAACAAAGGCAUCGGCAGGAUGAUCCUGAAGGAGGAGAUGAAGGCGCGGUCAGGCUGUUACGACAAUGACCAGUGGGGCAGCAGACGCAGUUCUCGCUGUAACAGCAAGGAGGCGCUGAACAAUCUGGGAUUCAGCUCCCUCAAUGGCUCGCCGAAGUCCAUCAACAGCACCGACAGCGACUCGUACGUUGCCAAAUCGGCCUCGUUGCCAGGCUACGGCAGGAAUGGACUGAACAGGCCUGGGAGUGCCGGUGCAGAUUAUUACCAGUAUGACAGCAGUAAUGCAGUUAAUUGGCAGAUCAGAGAAUACAAGAUCUACCCGUAUGAAUCUCUCAUCGUGUCGGUCAGAGGGCAGAAGCGUCUUCCAGGUGAUGUGGACAGAGCCCGGCUGGAGCGUCACCUCUCACCAGAGGAGUUCUACAGAGUCUUCGGGAUGUCCAUGUCUGCCUUUGAUCGUCUCGCUCAGUGGAAGAAGAACGAACUGAAGAAACAGGUCAGACUCUUCUGAGAAAAAUGAAGUCGUCAGAGCUGUCCAACCCAGCACAGGUCCACUGCCAACAGUGUGUCUGAAGCAGCGGCCUCCUGGAUGGCGUCAGAUCUGAACCCAGACUGGCUCCGUCUCUCAGUGGGAGAGGAACUGAAGGAGCAGGAGCAGAUCUGUUGGCCUCCAGAUCUUGGCGUGCUUUUAACUAAUGUGUACUUGGACUUAUUAAGCAAUACAUACGGAGUUAGCCAAGUGGCCAAAUGGGAAAAAGAACUGGACGGAAAGCAUGAAGACUUUGAGAGGCUCCAGCAGACAGAAAGUCGAUGAGACGUCGGCUGCUUCUCCUUCUCAAACCAGCAGAUGGCGGUGCGUUAACACGAGCACCGGGGCGGCCGGCUGAUCCGUGACCUGAUAGUAUUUGGUAUCAUACUGAGGUCGGCCGCACUGAGCCAAACCUGCAUUCAUGCCGAAAUUGAGGGAGACAGUUUGAGAAGCAAACAGGCUGGAAUGUGGUCGAUGGAAAACAGGAUCCAGUCAGAGACUCUCAUCAGACAAGUGGACCACAUAUGUGGGAUCCUUAACAUGAAGGCUGCUGAACAUGACAUACACCUGGGGUUUUUAUAAAGUGCAAACACUGACAACCAAAUGUUUUUCUUCUUUUUGUUAAAAAAAAACAAAAAAAACUGGCAUGUAUCUGAUUUCCAUGUCAGUUUUUCUGAAGCCAUAUCAGUUCUCCUCUGUGUCCUGAGCUGACUGAGCAGUUCACUGGAGUGUGUUUUAGAAACAUGAUGUGGUCGUGAGGUUUAAUGUGAAUGAACUGUGUGUGACGGCUCUGAGCUCAGAGAGGUCAGUCAAGAUUAGAAGUCAGGAUUUAGUGCCACACACACACUUUAGGAUAUCUUAGUUUUUACUGUUUUUAUUUAAAGAAAUCUGAAAGUUUGUUUCGUACUCGCUGCAGCUGCACUCAUGACGCAGCAAAGAAUUUCCGCUGCUGGAUUACAAUUAAACCAGACUGAAUCAUGUUUGUGGUGUGCAAGUGUGUGUGUGUGUGUGUGUGUGUGUGUGUGUGUGUGUGUGUGUGUGUGUGUGUGUGUGUGUGUGUGUGUGUGUAUUUACAGCAGAUGACAAAUAGAGGAUCAUUCAUGGAAGAUUAUUCAGAAAGCACUCUGAAUAAUAAGAUAAACAAUUCUGAGGUGAAGGAAGGACAAUGAAAGUUUUACACAUCACGACAGAAUGAAACAGGUUGUCUGAGCUGAAAUGGUAAAAUAGGAACACGAUUUAUUGAUAGUUUUUUUUUUUUUUGCAGAAGUGUUGUACUUGGAUGUUAAAGAUGGAAUAAUUUCUGCUUCAGGAACCUAAACCAUGAGAUGUGCAUAUGUGUUUACAGGUUUUUAUUUAUUUGAGUAACAUGUCCGUCACUACAGCUUCUGAAUAAAUGAUUAAAACAUCA